AUGUACUUCUACGCUAUCAUCUUCCUCGUUGGCUCCUCCAUGGGCGCCAUGGACUGGAGCAGUGUCAUUCUGGAGCCUCCAGUUGGGUCCUCCCCUACUGGAGGCCAGAUAGAUCUGAGCGGGAUAGUCCUCGAUCCCCCAGUCGAAUCAACACCUGUUGGGAACCAGUUGGACUGGAGUGGGAUCACCAUCGAACCUCCAGUCCAGCCGGCCACUAAUGGGAGCCAGAUAGACUGGAGCGGAGUCGACCUAGAUGGACCGGUCCACCCAACUACUGGGGACGACCCGGCAUGGUCCACAAGGGCUCCCGAGGAUCCGAGGAACGAGACAGUCGAGAACAACAAGUAA